AUGAGACGCUCGUGGACGCUCGUCGCGGCGAUAGCCCUGGCUGCAUCGGGGCUGGUAAGUGGCGGCAUCCACGAGAAGAAGCUGCUGAACGACCUGCUGGACUCGUACAACGUGCUGGAGCGGCCGGUGGGCAACGAGUCCGAUCCCCUCGUGCUGAGCUUCGGCCUCACGCUCAUGCAAAUAAUCGACGUCGUAAGUGCCCAACUAUUUUUUCUUCAGCUCCUCCAUCCGGCGGCGGAUGGAGAAGCCAUCUUCCCCCUUUCCUCCCCCCGGGCCUUCUACCGCGCACAGCAGUACCUACCUGCGUAUCCUGUCAUGAAGAUGACACUCAUAUCAGAUGAUAUGACACAUAUCAGAAAUCUUGAAUAG